UCCUCUGUCUGGUCGUCGGUACGGGUUCCAUGGCGGCUAUUCCCGAUCGCGAGCGGCGGUGGUAUUUUACUCGCGAUGUUCUGAUGAACAGUCCUUCUCGAAAAUGUCAGAUAGAGCCAGAGAAGGAACUGUCCUACCGACAACAGGCCGCAAACCUUAUCCAGGACAUGGGACAGCGUCUUCAAGUAAAUCAAUUGUGCAUUAACACCGCCAUUGUAUAUAUGCACAGAUUCUAUGUGUUUCACUCCUUCUCGCGGUUUCCUCGAAAUAGUAUAGCAGCAGCGGCACUGUUCCUUGCGGCCAAAGUAGAAGAGCAACCCCACAAGCUAGAGUAUGUCAUCAAAGUCCAUCAUGCCUGCCUGCAUCGCGGAAGUCCUGUCCUGGACACGAAGAGUGAUGCUUAUCUACAACAAGCACAAGAGUUAGUCAUAAAUGAGAGCAUUCUUUUACAAACAUUAGGAUUUGAAGUUGCAGUAGACCACCCACACACCCACGUAGUCAAAUGUACACAGAUGAUUAGAGCCAGCAAGGACCUGGCACAGACCUCCUAUUUCAUGGCGACCAACAGUUUACACCUGACCACGUUCUGUCUGCAGUACCGACCGACCGUCGUGGCAUGCGUCUGCAUCUACCUGGUGGCCAAAUGGUCACAGUGGGAGAUCAUGAAGUCCAGCGAUGGCAAAGAUUGGUGGGAAUAUGUCGACCCGACUGUCACCAAGGAAUUGCUGGAUGAGCUUACAAAGGAGUUUCUGAGAAUCUUUGAUGCCUGCCCCAGUCGACUCAAGAGGAGAAUCUCAAACGAAAAGAUAACGUCUCAGUCUAGGAAACGCCCCAAGGAAAGCUUCUCCGAAUCUCACUCAGCCAGCACUGCCAAGUCUGUCCCAUCCUCCUCUGCCUCUGUCUCCUCCGUCGACAGCGGGCUGCCUGGAAGUGGAAACUCGGAAAGCUCGGUCAACACCCAGGAGCUAAUCGCCACAACCUCAAGUCAGGGUGACAGCCUCUCAUUGUCUCAGGACAACUCCCACACAGAGGGAGAUAAGCUAGGUUUGCAUGAGAUCAACAUGGGCUUGCCCAUGAUGGAAGCCUCAAUGUUUCCCCUAGAGUCUGAAUACAUGAGUGGUGUGAGUUUCAACCCUGGCGCAGAAAUCAAGCACGGUCCACCUAGCACACAGUCUGAUGCAGAUCAAGGGAAGCCGAUGGACCAGCAGGGCCAUCCAGUCAAGAAGUCUCUGAAGGAAUAUCGGGAGCAGAAGGAACGCGAAAGGAUGAAAAAUGCUCAGAGCAGGGAGAAAGCACCUCCCAGACCUAGUCACACUGCCUCAAGGCCAGGUGCUGUGUCAAAUCAGAAUCUCCACACUCCUAAAGUGAAUGUGGAUGCAUCCCAUACUGACCAGCGGCACAGGGAAGGGUACCACAGUCAAGGAGGCCAGAAACACAGGCCAGAAGACAGACAUUUGCCUGUAGAACACAGAAGAGCAGAAAAGGCUUCUGGGGUUCGCCAAGAGCAGUCAGGUAGCCACCCUCAGUCCAAGAGUUCUGGAAGACCAACAGACCUCAGACCAACCAGAGACCAAAGACCACUUUCUCAGCAUAGACCUCAUGAUUCUGGGAGUCAGCCAAGCCAAGCUAGUGUCACAGACUCCAGGUACUCCAAAAGCCUGGAUCAGUAUCAUAAACACAGCCGUGACUCCGUUCCACACAGCUCAGACAGGAAGCAACAUUUGGGUCCAGGUGAGCAAGGAAAGGAGCACAAGAGAAAUGGCUUUGAGAACAGAGAGCAUAGUGCUAACCUCAGACUGCCAGAAGCUCAUCAAAGGUUACUUAGUUCAGCUCCACCAACCAAACCACAUGCAACUGCAUCCCAAAGGCCUCAUACAGAAACUCUAAACGCACACAGUUCUGAAAAAAUGCCGACAUCAGAAUUACAUGGAAAGCCACAUCCAGAGACACUAAGACCAUCAAAAUCUGAAAUGUACAGAUCUCAUCGGCCGGAGCAUCAGGGAAACUUAAAGUCUGAGAAGCACAGAACACCCUCAUCAGAGACAGUAAAACUUCAAAAGUCCCAGUCACUUAAGCCACACAGAUCCGAGAUUCCUAAAGGGACCUCAACUGAGAAAGAGAGGACACAGCCAGCUAUUCCACCACUUGUUCCUGCAGUUGAUACCAAAAGAGAACAACGAUCAGCACCAACUGUUGAGACUCAGAGGGUAGAGCCGCCACAACCAAUUUACCAGGAGCUUCCCAGACCUCAAAGACCUGAACGGGUGUUACUACAACAGCCACAGACUCUAAAGGUUGACAGAAGAGUCACACAAACACCAAAUAAACAUGAUUCAUUAAAGGUGCGAAAAACAGAGGACCAGGUUUUGCAUAGAUCUGACACUGUGAUAUUGAGCAAAACAGAAGUGCCAAGUACGAAGAGCGCUGGGGUAUCCAAAGAAAAAGACCCAGAAGCUACAAAAUCGCUUAAAUCUGAUGUGCUAUCAAAACCUCAUAAAACUGAGGAGUCAAGAUUACCGCGAGCAGAAACUCAUAACACACAACGAGUGGAGAUUCCUAAACCACAAACCACUGACAUGGCAAGAAGGAAGGAGCCAGAAGUACCUCAGACACAGAAGCCUCAGCAGCUAAAGGUAGUGAAGGCUGAGCCACAGCAACCAGGGAAUCCAACAGUACAAACAAGGACAGAAAAGUUGGACGUUUCAAAAACACAGAAGGUGGUGCAGUCUCAACCCCAUAGACCAGAAACACCAAAAAAGCAGAGAGUAAAACAAGAGCAGGGACAACCACAAAAAGCGCCACCACCAAAGUCACAACCUCCUCAGGCUAUUCCUGGCAAGUUGUUGGAAAAGGACAGUGGUAUAACUACAACAAAGUUGUUGACCAACAAAUCCCAGAAGUUGCAAACUCCAGUUGUACAAAAAACCAGUAUUAAGUCAGAAGUACCAGACGUAUCUGUGCCAUCAAAACUGGCAACACGUAAGAAACCCCUGACUCCCCCUACUUCAAAACAAGAAGCCCCCACGCCAGAAAAACCCGUCACAGUUUCAUCUCAGAAACUUGUUGCGAAUAAAUCGAAGCAACCAGAGAUGUCUACCUCUGGCAAUCCUGACAAAGCCCCGUCUCAGAGGUCAGAAACAGUAAUUCUUCAAAAGACAGACACACAAUCAAAGCCACCAACUCCAAAACCACAGAGAUCUACUACACCUAGGUCUCGGGUGUCACCUGGUGCAGCGGCAGAGCAAGUGCCCAAACCGUCAAGGAAAGUCGAAACACCCAAAUUACCAAAGGCUGACACAGGUGGAGCCUCAGUGUCAAAAGUUGUUUGGGAACCUGCAAAGCCUCUUGAAGUACUAAAACCUGCGGUAUCUGAUGAGGUGGCUGAUAGUGAGUCAGUAGAUGCGGACAUUGAUAAACUGAUUAAUGCACAUAUGGCAGAGCAAUCUAUAAAGCAGGGUCUUGAAGUUCCUCCAAUCUUGGAUCUGAAACCGACUUUGCCUCUGCCCAAUACCACUGAAUCCAGGGAGCAGAAGCGUGAAAGAGAUGAAAGUAAUCUCCCAAAGAGUUACAGGGAAAAAGAAAGCCACCACAGAAAGAAGCGAAGUGAGGGUCACAAGUCUAGGGGAUCACCUCACAAGCAUCGCCAUUCGUCUGACCACAGGAAGGGGUCUCGAGUAGAUGCGGAAGGCCAACCCAGCUCUGCCGAAAAGCAAGCCAAUGCCUCUGAGGGGAUUGAUGACAGCCAGCCCCAUUCAUCCAUCCUGACCACAUCAAGUGGCAUCAGGUUAAAGAUAAAAGGUCUGUCCAACUCGAUGAACAGCGGGAGUGGCAAACAUGAGCCAUCACCUGAGCCCAGCCGGCAGACUAGCUCGCCAGGGUUGGUGAUGAAGCUCAACCUGUCCAAGAUGCAGGCAUCCCAUACUAAUUCUGACCACCAACCCGAAUCAUCAGCAGGGUCAGAGAAGUCCAGUGGCCAUCACCGACGCCACCGCCACCACCACCGCCAUAAGCAUGGCCACCACAAGCACCACAGAUCGGAAAGUCACCAUCACGGUGAUGACGGCCGAGAGUCUCACAAAAGGAAAAGGUCUCACAGCCGAUCUGACUCUGUGUCCUCAGGAGGGAGGGAUGCUUCCCCGGCUAUGUCCUCACCAGCAAAGAAGAGGACACACAGUAGGGCAAGUCACUCACAUCCCAAAUCUAUUCUCCCGAGUGAACAGUCCUUACUGAAUCUGCCGAUGCCACCAGCGGAUCCUUCAUCUGCAUACACAGGCUAUGACACUCACAGUUCUGCUUCCACAGGCCAGUUUUCCUAUGGCAUGCGUGACUUCUCUCAUCACGCACCCCUGACAACUGUGACAGCAUUGCCAUCGUCUGAUGGGUUUGAGUAUUACCCUUACAACCAAUCAUCUGAUGGCCAUGCUCCCCCUCCUCCACCCCCUCCGAGGGAGGACCUACCACCGCCGCCACCUCCUCCCAUGUGAGAAUGUUCUUGGCUUAUUUUAAUAUUUUCACACUCUUUGUGUAAAAAAAACAAAACAAAGAAACAAAGAAGUGAUCCUGAAUAUAUGAACAUUUCCAUGUAAUCUGACAUAUUUUGUGCAGUCUUUUGUUCGACGCUUUUUUUUUACAUUUCAUGAGAGUGGCCUUCUUUCAUUAUGUGUACUUUGCAGAAACAGCAUUUUGGCUUUUUCUUUUUCCAUUGUCUCUUUUACAAAGCACUUUUUUACUUAUUAUUUACAUAUAUUGGGACAUUAAAACAGUGUCCACCACAAAUUGUAAAGGACUUUUAAUAUACAGGGGAAAGUGGUUGAAGUACAAAAAAAAGUAAGUUUCUUUCGUUUUUUUUUUCAGCAUGAUAGAUUUCCAUGUUAAUUUGCCUUUUUUUUCAAUGUCAUAAUUUUCAUAAUUCUUUUUGAAAAACACCCAUUGUAUCUCCACAAAAUAAAAUUGCAGCUUCUUUUCUCAGCUGCUAAACGCUCCAUGCCAUGUUGGGUAGAUUUGAAACUUUGAUACAACAGAGGUGAAUUUUUAAUUAUUUUUUUUUUAUUAAGUUUUUACUUGAAAACUAGUGUGCUGAGAAAGAGUGUAACAUGUUUGCCUGAUAACUCAAAUGAGAUGUGUUUGGUCUUAGUGAAAUUUACACAAAUUAUCCUACCUUCAAACAUUCCAAUUCCAGCUGUCUAAUUUGAUUACAAUUUACAAAGUACAUCAGGCUUAAGUCCCGUAUAAAAAAAUUGCACUUUACUGCAACCAGUGCCAUGAAGAAUUAUUUUAAUUGGGUUUAAAGUAAACCCCGCAAGCUAGUUAAAUGGGUUAAACUGCACUUCUCCAGUGGCUAACCAUAACUCAAGAAGUUAACCAUAACUGAAGUUAUUCUGCAGUGAAUACUCCCUGUUAUUUGUAUUUCCUGUAAUGAUUUCUAAAAAGCGUUUCAUGCAUUUGGCUCCUGGGAAGGAUUUUUUUAAACAAGGAAAUUGGUUCAUGUGGUAAGCUGUGUGACCAGUAUUGAUGGUGAUUUCAAAUGCAAAAGAAAUUGUAUACUGGUCAGUUUCAGUAGUUGUUGAAAGGCCUUCAGCAGUUAAAACUGAUAUGGGAUAAUAACUCUUUAAGUUUUGCCAAAGCCAUUGCGCAUUUGCUUUGAUGUGUUUGAAGGAUCAAAUGUUUUUCUUGGUCAGACUUCUGUUGGCCAUUUAACUUUUUGUACUGUCAAUCUACAAUUGAGCUUCAAGGAGUUCUUGGAAUAUACGCGUUUAGUGAUCGAGGCAGAAUAUACAUGUGUGGAUUUUAAUAGUUGAUGACGCUUGCUGGAGUGUAGCAAAUAAGUAGCUGUCAAUUUAAAGUCCUAUUGAUAAGCAUUUAUGUAUUUGCCUUUUUUUUGGUAUGUGCUUGAAGUUGAGAAAUGACAGUUGAUGAAAAUUUAUUGUAAUGUUACCAUCAGUUACCAAGUUACUAAAAUUUAAAUACAUACCUGUGUAGUUUGAACAUGUGUACAGUUCCUUAGUUUUGUAUCCAAUGAUCAUUAUCUAUGUUCUUGAAUCUUGAUAUAAAGGAAGAAAAAAAAGUAUUAUUGAUAGAUAUACAUGUAGUAAAACUCUUUCGUUGGUGAAUUUGGUAGAUUCAGUGUAAAACCAAAUAGAAGUGGUAACAUUUUUUGUACAUUUCUCAGUAAUUAUGUUGACUGUAAAUAAGUAUAGACAUAAAAACAAAACAAAAAAAUUGAAUGGAAUUAAACGUGUACGGUCUCCUACUGGCUGAGUGUGUGAUAGCAUGGACUUAUAAAUGGAAGGACGUUGAGAUUAAGGUAAUUAAAUGGAUGUUUUGAGAAAUAAUUUAUUCCGAGUAAUGUUGACAAACUUUGUAUAAAAUAACAGUUGUACUCAAGUUUUUCUAA